AUGAUUCAGUUUUCAGAGGAGACCAAGGAGCGCAUCGGGAAGAUUCUCGACAUCACCCGCGAAGUGGUUCACUAUGGCUAUCUCCCGUUGAUACUAUACCUGGGAUACACGAGAAGCGAACCAAAGCCCGCACUCAUCAGGUACUGUUCUAUAUCCAGCUGA